AUGGAGCGAGCCUCGUCGAGCCUGGGGCCAUCGGACGGAGGCUCAUCGUCUUCACUGUCCGGCACCAUAUCAGCACCGCGGCCACAACGCUGCACACUCGAGUCACUUCCCGCAGAGCUUAUCGAAAAGAUCUUUUUCCACAGUUUAGAAAUCAACCUGCCCCGAGCAUCAUGGCACAUUGCCCGCAUCCUCUCCAAACCCAUCAUAUAUAAGUGGUUGGUUCGCGUAGCCUUCAGCAGCUCCAAUACUAGCUCCAAACAUGACUUUUUCACCCCGGACUUUCUCCCACCGCCACUGACCUACUGGGCCGUCUCGCCCUCCGAGCGCACCCAUCUGCAGACGACCAUUCUCGAGUGCCGAUGGUGCACGUUGCAAUUGAUCCGACAAUGCCAACAGGAUUACGUGAAGCAGAUUAUUCGGCAGAAAUGCAAAGACCUGGUCUUCUCGGACCGGGACCAGCAGAUACUCGACAACAUUGACCAGUGGUUCUCGCGUCCGAUGGAGUUUGACUUGGCUGUGCAUGGACGUCGCGGUAGCGGUGAUUUAGUGAUGAAAGCAAAGAAAAAGCAUACCCCAGCAGCACCGGCAACAACGGCAACAUCAACAGCAGCAGAGACUACACCAACGGCCGCGCCAGUAACAACAUUCUCAGACGUACGAAUCUCAUUCUGGAUCCAUUUCGGAGCCGUCCAGAUCGGCGAACCCAGCCCCGUCUCCUACGAAAUCGACCAAUUCCGUCUCCCCUGCGCGCCUUCGCUCGACGAGCGACCACGCAUGCCCAACAAACUCCUCCGCCCGCCGUGGACCGCCGAAAAACUCGAGUUCCUUCUCCUCCUCUCGCAAGAAGCCUGGAUCGACGAAGACACGCACAGCAGCGACCGUUCACACCUCGUCUUGCGCCAACUCAUCCGCGACCGCGACUACCUCACCUUCGAGAAACUGCUGUACAUGAACGUGGUUAGCAAGAACUACAGCUAUCCGCAAAAUUGGCCCGUGAAGACGCGCCAUUUCCGCGCCGCUGUCAAAUAUGCCCGUGGCAGGAAUGAUCCAUUUGUGAGGUUGUUGUAUCAUCAGAGAUGGCAUGUAUUGGGGGAAAGAGAGAGGGAUGUUAAGGCUGAGGUACUGAAUAAUCUGGAUGUUUCGGCGAGGAGGCUGAAUUUUGAGUGA